AUGAAGAUUGGAUCUUGGAAUACCGCUGCCCUCCUCGCCGCUGUUCGCACUAAAAGUAUGAAGGCUGCCCCGCGCUUUGCGAAGUUUCUGAAGCUCGCGAACCAACUCUCGGUCUUUUGUACCCAGGAAACCCACGGACAGAUUGCGGAUAUAAACGAGCUUCGGCGAGAACUUCGGCACUUUGAGAUUGGCCACUCUCUGUUCCCUGACUCUGCUGCUACUGGUGGUGUUAUCACGUGCAUCCAGCCUGCGUUUGCGAAGCUCUUCUCUACUAUUUCUCACUCCAGCGUGGAUAUGGUCUCGGACCACAUCCCGAUUGUCGUCACGAUCAGCACCUUCCGACCUCAGGACGACGAGUCCCUCUGGCCCGAGCUGCUUAACUUUGUACCGAAGUUGCCAGAGGUCCCUGAGGAGAUGGAGGAAGAGGCUCUGGCUGGCCUGGUGCCGCCGACGAGCGCCGGCGCCGCGCCGGAGCGGCCGGCCCUGCGCGCCGGCACCGCGCCGGAGCGGGUGGCCCUGCAGGUGCCUCACUGGGAGGGCGUGCUUCCAGACAACAUCGUCGACCAGCAGCUCCCGAUGGUGCGAAACCCGCACUACGGCCUGCACGUGAUCGCCCUGGGGAGGAACGGGUCUUUGUUCCACAAGUACCAGACAGGGGCCGCCAACACGUCGGACCCCAUGGCCCAGGUGCCCAUGACGGAGUGGCUGUGUCUCACGCCGGCCGUGCGCAAGAACACCUCUGGAGCCGAUCUUACCCCUCGUGUUCGGCAACAGCCCGGCAGUGGCGUUGAACGCGGAUGGCCGUAUCGAGCUCUUCGAUACCAGGCCGACUCCCUCGACCUGUGGCAGAUGUACCAGACAGACGCGAAGGACCCUGGACCCGCUUGCGUGGAGCAGGCCCCGCGCGCCCUACUGCGACCCCUCCCUGCCGGACUGCCAGGCGUGCCUGGCGGCGGCGGAGUGCAAGGCAAACUUCUGGAGCGACGGGUACACGUGGACCACGAGCCAGCAGGCGCUCUGGCUGAACCCGGACGACCAGAAGCUAAGGCUGACGUGGCGCAACUUCGACGGCCAUAUGUAUGA